GGGUAGGGGCUGAGCCCCUGGGGCUGCAACUCAGGACUUGUGCCCAACCGCAGUCUUCGAGCUGCCUCUUAACAGGCUGCGGGCGUGGGACAAGCAUGGGGACGCCUACCUGACACGAUCCAGGCCGCGGAGUGCAUCUCCAUAGACAGCCGGAAGGGACGGGCAAAGACUUGGCUCCCACAGCAGCCUCAUUGUAGCUUUCGUCAACCCUCUCCAUCACCGGCCUCGGUCCCCCGCCACAGGAACCCGACCCAGGUGCUCUAGGAAGAGAAGAAACAGAAAAGCAAGAAGCAGUAGGAGCUGCAAACAGUGUGGCCACGGAGUCUCAGGUCAGGAACUGACCAAAUUACUAGCUGAAGGGCAAGGAACAGCUAUGUCAAGAUCUGUGGGUACAGGAUCCAUCAAGGGCACAACAAGGUCAUAUUGGCUUACAGGAGAGCUUUCAGCUCCUGAGGAAGGCACUCAGCUCGAUAGAAGAUGGGUGACCCAGAGUCGGAUUUCAACCUCAAAGUCAUCCUGGUCAGCUUCAAGCAGUGUCUUACUGAAGAUGGACAAGUGCUGCUGGACCAUUACAUCACCAGCUGGAAGGGGCUAGUCAGGUUUCUGAACAGCCUGGGUGCCAUCUUCUCAUUCAUCUCCAAGGACGUGGUCUCAAAGCUGCAGAUAAUGGAAGGUCUGAGGAACAGCCCACAGGGUGAGCACUACACCAGCUUACAGUCCAUGGUCGCCUACGAGGUGGGCAACAAGCUGGUAGACAUAGAUCGCCGCUCGCGGCCCCGAUACCCUAACUCGGGCUGCCGGACUGUGCUGCGCCUGCACCGUGCUCUGCGCUGGCUGCAGCUGUUCCUUGAAGGCCUGCGCACCAGCCCCGAGGAUGCUAGUACCUCCACUCUCUGCAGUGAUGCCUAUAACACCACAUUGGCUGCCUAUCACUCAUGGAUCAUACGUCAAGCUGUCACUGUGGCCUUCUGCACCCUGCCCACACGCAAGGUCUUCCUCGAGGCCAUGAAUGUGGGCUCCUCUGAGCAAGCAGUGGAGAUGCUGGGAGAGGCCCUACCCUUCAUUGAGAAUGUGUAUGACAUCUCCCAGAAGCUCUACGCUGAGCACUCCUUGCUAGACCUGCCCUAAGGGUGCUUCCCCUACUCAGAACUGGGCUUGGGCAACCUGGGGCCUCUCCCACAGCAGUGCUUUCUGGAUGCUGCUGUCCCCCUGAAAGCUGGGCUUGUCGAGGGCCAUGGGCUGUGAAGAGAAAGGCAGCGGCAGCUGAGCCAAGUGAGGUGGGUGGUAGCUGUGCUCUUGGUCCAGGAUAAGACCAUUGAACUCCAUUUUCGUCCUCUGCUUCAGUUAUGUGUGUGUUCAGUCAGGCCUCAUUGAAGUUGGAUGGCUCAUGGAGAUGAUGAGGGAGGAGGGCCGUGUUCUACCUCCCAUGUGUGGGAUCUGGAGGUUCUGUCUCCCCCACAGUCAAUAUGCCCGGUUGGUGCGUAUCCUACCUAAGACAUGGCAUCCGUGCCAGACACACAGCCCUGGGCCUGCAUGCCUGGGUCCCCUUCAUAUUCCAGAAGCUGUCCUUUGGUAAGAUGAGGCUCCUUUGGCAGUGACGUGAAUACCAAAGACCCCUUUCCUUGCCGUUCACCUGCCUCCUUGUUAGCCUCUCUGCGUAUUAAAUAGGCCCUGUCUCCUUGGACAUGGAAACCAUUGAAACUGCUAGCUGAGACUUCCCCAGGAAAGCAUGCUCCUGUCAGUGCAGCCUGCUUCACAGCUUCUGCAAUAAGUAUCAGCCUUCAGAAGGUGGCCUCCCCCAAGACUCUAAAAUAAAACGUCAGUACGAAUUGGCCAAACCA